AUGAGGGUGGGAAACACCCAAGAAGGGGCGUCUUAGUACACGUGGGUAAUGACGGAUAGGGAGGGCCACAUUAACAGCGUUUUCGUUCGUGGCAGAGUCGGUCCCGUCCCGAGUCCGUCUCCGUUCACGACUUUCAUUCUCUUUUUUCCCUUUAAGGCCAAAUCCCUUUUCCUCACCUUCUUCCCUCUUCCGUGUUCCCUUCCGUAACCCUAUCUCAGAUUUUAUAUUAACCUCUCUCUCUCUCUCUCUCUCUCUCUCUCGGCCUCCGCUUCAACCUUUUCUUUCUUCACCGGUUGCAAAUAGGAUAAGGGAAUAUUAUACCAAGGUCCAAGAUGAGCUCUCGGACAGGCAGGAGCACUGCUGUCAGAAGCUACCGGCGGAGGAAGACAGUUUUGGACUUAGACCUUAACCGUGUACCUGCUGGUGGUGAGAAUCGUGAGCAGGAGGGACCUUCAACUCAGUUGGGGUCUCAAGAAGUUCAAACUAACCAGCAACCACAGGUUGUACAACCUGCGUUGAUCGAUGUGGAGGUCAUUGAUGAUGAUGUUGUUGAAUCUACCCCAAGGGCUUUUGCAGAGGCUAAAAACAAUUCAAGAAGAAAUCGUGGGAGGACUAUAGUUGAUGUGGAUUUAGAAGAUCAGAAUAGGGUAACCAACAAUAAUCGCAACAAACGAAGAAGAGAAUCCCCAAACCGAAUGAUUAUUAAUUGUGAACUUUAUAUAAAUUUGGAAGGCCGUAGCAGUUCUAUGAGGGAAAAUGUUAAAAAGCCUCCUGAACCUCCUAAGGAGCCUGUUUUCAACUGUCCAAUAUGUAUGGGUCCUUUGGUAGAAGAAAUGUCGACAAGGUGUGGUCAUAUUUUUUGCAAGAAUUGCAUCAAGGCUGCUAUAACUGCUCAGAGUAAAUGCCCUACAUGUAGAAAAAAGGUUACUGCGAAAGAACUAAUAAGGGUGUUUCUCCCAUCAACUAGUUGAAGGGUUCCAUAUAAGCUGUGCUAAGGAGAAUGGGGAGCAGAAGAACCUUCACUGUACUUUGGAGAUUACCGAGUGGCUGUGUUGUUUCUAUUAUGUUUCCCGUAGCAGAUUCUUAAUAUGUUUUCAAGUAGUUGUUUCUCUUAUUUUCAUAUUAAUGCAUAAAGAUGCUUGGUAGAUAUAAUUCCUUGUUUAGUUUUUUUGAGCUUUCAUGUUAUGAAUCUUCAGACUUUCUUUUUGGUGAAAAUAUAGGCCCGGCUAUCUCCCAUUCUUGACUACGGGGAUUUAUGUAUGUAUAUUAAUCCCUCAUGAAUUUACUGAUCAGAUUCCUUUGCUUCGAUGUUAGUGCAGCAGUU